UUUUGUUACAAACGAGCAAUUAAAUAUGGUUAGGAUUGUUAAAAGAUCAAUAACUCUCAUAUAUUGUUCACAGUUCGAAGUAGUAGUUAAAUUUUUUGUUAAAAUGAUUUCUGUAAUGCGUGUUACUAAUAUAUUGCUUUCAAUCUUUAUCAUUGAAACAACUGCAGGUAUAUCUCCAGUACACGAUUUUGCGACUAAAAUAAAUGCAAAACUUAGCCACGAAAAAUUUAUAUUAAACUCACCGCAUAAAGCUCUGGAGCAUUUAGACAAUACGAUUUUAAAAGCAACUAAAAAUGUAACCCAAAAUCCCGAAAUGGAAGGAAACCUAUAUCAAAUAUCGAAAGAUUUAGUUUCGGCAAUAUUAACAAAAUUAGAAAUACAAGAUAAAAUAACACGGAUAACACGAGAGGCACUGGAUGCUCCUGGAAAAACUAAAGGAAUGACAGCCAUAGAAACGAGAAGAAUUUUGGAUUACAUAUCAAGAACGCUGUCGGGACACAUUCUUACAAUAACUCGGGCAUCAACAGAACCCGAGCUGCAUAGGUUGGUCUUUGGAUUAGCACAAAUAGCCGCUGAGGUUUCUAUAGUUUCAGCACUAAAAGAUAUCACAUACGCUACAGCUUUAUCGAAGAAACAAUCAGUAGAUUUAUCACUUCGUAAAAAAAGAUCCGUACCUGCAAAAGAUAUCAAACAAAGCACUUCUGCGCCAGUUACUGGCACAAUACCAUUAGUUUAUAGAGCUAUUUUAAAUAAACCUCCAAAUUCUAUAGAUUCUUCAAUACUUCCUUUAAGUAAAGGGCCUGAGAAAUUAAGUCCUUAUUCUGUUAUUUCUAAAAAUAAUAGAAUACCAGUGCAGAUUUUGACAAAUAAAAAAAAUGAUCUAGUACCAGUUCCAAGAGGAUUUUUGAAUCAAACUGCUCUUGAUAUUGAAAAUAAGGAUAGGAAUGCAACGGAAAACGACGCUAUUGUUUUAGAUAAUAAAUUAAAUGGAACUCACUACGUAACAACAGAUACGCAUACUUUAGACACUCAGGAAACGAACGUGCCUAGUCUUGUAGAUGAUUGGAUCGACCCAAAAGAAAAUAUUUAUGCUCUAAAUCCAGAUGUUGUAGCUGAAAUGGAAAUAGAUCAACCUGAAAUAGAGGACGAAAGUGCAAACGAAAAAAAGAUAAAACAAAAGUUAGAACGUAUGGAGUUAAAAGCUAAAAAAGCUAUUCUUUAUGCUGGUGAUGUGGCUUAUUUAGCUGCUGCUAGCGUAGUGGCUAUGAGGCGGGCCUUGACAGCAUCUAUAGAGGUUCACAUGUCAGUAAAAUAUGCUAAGAAUGGCAUGGCAAAUCACCAAGAUUUAAUGAUGAAUUUAGCAAAGACUGCCGCACAACAAGCAGGGAAAGAGGCAAAAAGUGCAACUUCCAAAUCAUUAGCUUGUGAACGUGUUAUUAAACUAGCUUUGAAAUAUACUGCGCAGUCAAAAGGUGCUAAGCUGAACCAUGUCGCGAAUAGAGUUGUCAUGGACACGUUGUCUUUAGCUACUCUCGCUAAAUCAAUGGCAUUUGUAUCUUCUGAUAUUGCUAUAAACUCCCUGUAUCAAGCUACUGAUGUAAAACCACCAUCGUGAUUAUAGACCUACUUAAAAGUUACUGUUUUAUUAUAACAACCAAUAUAUUUAGUCUAUCAGCUUCACAAUUGAUCAUAACAUACAAUAAGCAAUAUUAUUUUAAAGUAUAGAACGCCAUCUAUGAUGUCUUUAUUUUAGGUUUGUGUGAUUGAUCGAUUUGUGGAGCGUUGCUCUCGAUCAUAACAAUAUGUAUUCGAUCUCGAUCACAGAGUAACGAUAGGAUGAUUUAUGAUCGGUAGGUGGCGUUAAAAAAAAUCACUAAAAGCAUAGUAUUAAUAGACCGGAUAAAUAAGAUCACAGUAGACAAGGAAACGAUAGAUUAGAUAAUCUUUUAAAAUAGUUAAGGCUUACUUCAGGUAGGUACAACCGUGAUAUUUUUAAAAAAAUCAACGUAGU